CUAACCCCAAAACAGUAUUAUUCACCACUGGAACUCCAGCUCGCUAACACCACCUCAUACUGCUUCUUGUACAUAGCAUUCUUGUUUGUUGGCUUUCUCGGCUGGUUUCAGUUUCAUCAUUUCUAUCGUUGCAUCAAGCCCAGUAAUCAAUAUUUAUACAAGAGAUCCAUCACAAAACACAAACAAAUAAACUUAUAUGAAUUUCCACGAUUCAAUCAUCUCGAGUCAUAUCAAAAUUAUCCCAUAUCCAACUUCAAUUAUUGAUAUUUAACUAUCUUCAAGAAUUGAGUCAUAGCAUUAAAUACUUCAAUAUUCAUCACGUAAACUAUCGCGAUUCAUUUCUUUGCAUACCAUGUCACACCCUUAUAACCGAGCCAUUAUCCAUGAAGGCGAAUACGUUCUGAUUCCAGCACGGUUGCCUCUCCCGAUAAGUUCUACUGACUCAUUUCUUGUGCGGUCACCUAGUUCUAACACUCCUGUAAGACUUAACUCACCCAACUUGACUGUGGCAGAUUUAUCCAUAAAUGACUCUGCACUUUUGCACAAGUGGACUCAUACCCAUUCCAUUCUUUGUGUGGUCCCAGCUCCACAAAAGAAGUUGAUUUUCUGCGGAACCCAAGACUCAAAGAUAUUGGUGUACGACAUGAUUAACUAUUCGUUAAAAUACGAAGUCAACUGUGGCCAACAGAAUCACGCUUCUUCCGUUCUUACUUUGACGAUUUCUGCUGAUGAGAACCAUCUCUUCAGUGCUGGUUCUGAUUCCCUCGUUAAAGUGUAUGACUUGUCAGAAAUCAAACCAGUUUCUGAAAGAGAUUCUGACGAUACUGUGGAAGGUGAGCUGCCUAUCCGUUGUACGCACAUCAUCUUCUCUCUGGUGGAUAUCGGUGAUAUUUUCUCCAUUGCCUGGUGCGAUCUGUUGUCCACAAUAUUCAUUGGAGCCCAGAACGCUUCCAUAUUGUGGUGCCACCUUUCUCUCACUAGUACGGGCCAUGGUUCAAAUACUUCCAACGUGGAACGCUUACCUCACUUGCGUUACGACAAGUUCUUUGACUCAAAGGGUCCUGGUGGAUCCAUGAAUACGCUUCAAUCGAAACAUCAACUAUUCAGAAAGUAUUCCAGUACCUCUCAUUCUUCACAUAGUUCACCAAAAUUAGUAGAAGUGAAAAACGAGGAUAUCAUUCGUUUUGCCCACAAUGGUUACGUCUACUGUAUGGACGUAUUCCGCUGUCGUUUAAGUGACGGGCGAAUGCUGGAUAAAGACUUUAGCUUCCAUUAUGCUGACGAUUUCGAGAAUAUCUUAGUUUCUUGUGGUGGGGACGGACUCGUCAAGAUAUGGGGGAUUAACAGCACCGAGUCUGGACUCAAGAUUACCAGCGUAGAAUCUUUAGAAAAUGAAGAAUCGGUUCUCUCUAUGUCAAUUCAGGAUUUCUACCUUUAUGUUGGGUUGAGUGACUCUACCAUCAAUGUGUGGGAUUUGAUGACUUCGCAGUUGAUUCGUUCAUUCCAUUUCACAUCGGAAAACGACGGUAACUCCUCGUACGAUGAAGUGUUAAGUCUUGGAAUAUACAACGACUGCAUUUUCAAAGCAUCUAACUUGGGUGGUCUUGUAAAAUUCACUUUGAAGAGCUACCCGACGAAAUCGCUAAGCCUAGAUGAAGCAGCAAGAUACGCAAACGUUAAUCAAACUACUUUGGAUAAACAUUCCACAGUGAUAAUCUCAGAUGGGGCUGUUCCUUACCAGCAUGAAAGCAAAUUGGGUGCUGUUUUGUCAGUCAAGAUCUUCAAGGACAUCUCAGGUUGUACAUAUUUGCUUUCAGGAGGUAACAAAGCUCUUUGUCUCUGGGAUAUUAACAAUGUAGGUUUGAAACACAACGAUCCACUGGGGUUGGUAACUGAUGAUUCCGUACCCGAUUCAACUGAACAGUGUAGAUUGUCUAAUGACGAAUUGCUCAAAUCGUUAAACAAAUUCAUUUCGUUCAAAACCAUCUCCAAGUUCCCGACGCUCUAUCUUGAAGAUUCCCGUCAUUGUGCCCAAUUCUUGUGUAACUUAUUGAUCGACUUGGGCUCUAAGCAAACCAAGUUGCUACCAGUAGCUGAUGGUAACCCUAUCGUGUAUUCCACUUUUACACGUAACAGUAAGACAGCAACCGGCAAACCCACAAGAGUCCUCUGGUAUGCCCAUUAUGACGUCGUUGAUGCCACUAAUCAUGAAGCUGCUGAUUGGGAAACCGAUCCGUUUUUGUUAACUGCCCGUGAUGGGAACUUGUAUGCUCGUGGUGUAUCCGAUAACAAGGGCCCUAUAUUGGCUAGUAUAUAUGCCGUAGCGGACUUGUUUCUGAGAGAAGAAUUGUCUUGCGAUGUUGUAUUCAUCAUUGAAGGUGAAGAGGAGUGCGGAUCUAUUGGAUUCCAGAAAGUCAUCAACGAGAGCAAGUCUCUCAUUGGGGAUAUCGACUGGGUAAUGUUAUCCAAUUCAUACUGGCUCGACGAUGAAACUCCAUGUUUGAAUUAUGGCUUAAGAGGUGUCAUCAAUGCAGCGGUAACAAUCAAGUCCGAUAAGCCAGACAGGCACUCGGGUGUAGAUGGAGGUGUUCUGAAAGAACCAACUAUGGAUUUGGUCCAGAUUGUGGGUCAAUUGGUAGAUCCUAUUACCAACGAAAUCAAGCUCGACGGCUUCUACGACGAUGUGUUGCCAUUGACAGAAAGAGAAGUUCGUUUGUAUCAGGACAUCGAGCAAGCAGCAACGAUCAAGAACAUGAACAAUCAAGAUUUGAAGACAUUGAUGGCCAAGUGGCGUAACCCAUCGUUGACUAUACACAAGAUCCAGGUAUCUGGUCCAAACAACAACACUGUGAUUCCGCAAGUCGCCAAAGCGACAAUCUCUAUUAGAAUCGUACCUAAUCAGGAUUUGGAAAAAGUCAAACAGUCAUUAAUAGAUCGCUUGACAAAGGCUUUCGGUGCGCUUCAAUCAGAAAACCGUAUCCUGAUCAAUGUGUUCCAUGAAGCAGAGCCGUGGUUAGGAGACCCAUCAAACUUGGUCUACUCCAUCUUGUUUAACAAAAUCAAAUCCAACUGGGGCCACGAGCCACUUUUCAUUCGUGAAGGGGGUUCUAUUCCAUCCAUCAGAUUUCUUGAAAAGUGCUUCAAUGCUCCAGCAGCACAGAUUCCAUGUGGACAGGCUUCAGACAAUGCCCACUUGAAGGACGAAAAGUUGAGAAUCCUCAACUUGUACAAGAUGAGAUCUAUUUUGACAGAUACCUUCUUGGAAUUAGGUCAAGACAGACAAUAGACUAUAGAUACCUAGGUGGAAUCUUGUGAUAAUUUAGAUAGACUACGCUUAUACCAUUCACGCCAAAAUAGUUAUUUAUUUAAUAAUACCGACAUAUACG